AAUGGCCGUAGAUUCCAAAGACAAGAAAUGAAGGAAAAAGACCUUGCAAGAAAAGUAGCCUGUCUAGCUUUUAACAAUGGCUCUGUCAUGAUUCCUCUGCGGCAUGGUAUUGAACAUUCAUGGUGACAAUUGGCCAGUCAAAAGUUAUGCUUUUUGUCAGAGCCGUUUGGAAUGAAAAUGGGAAAGAAAUGGAGGGGACCAUCCCUGAUGCCUGGGUUAAUGUAGCUGAGAAAACCCUUCGGUGGCCAAAGAAGAGAGCAAAGUAUUGUUUUGAAAACCAUGUGGCCCCUAAGGAGGACUGGGAAACUUUCCCAUUAUUGAAAGUGAAAUUUACUGCAGAAAGUCUCCAUGAGUGUGAGGAGUAUGAUCAAACCAGCCAUGCUGAACAAUGUGAAGAUGAAGACGAAGAGGUUGUUGUGCAAAAGAGGAAGAAAAAAAUGAACAAUUCUGAAGAUUUCGUUGAAGGAUCUGACUUGUCUGAUGCGACUGCUGAGGGGGAGGAUAAAGAAGUAAGGAAAGGAGAUGCCUGUCCUAAAAGUCCAGCCUUUCCCACCCCACCAAUGAAAAUAUCAAAGAAUGGUUCGCCCAGGUCUGUUGGCCGUGACAGGUCAACUAGUGGUACAUGUAGGUCUAUGGGCCAUGACAGGCCAUCUAGUCGUACAUCUAGGUCUGUGGGCCGUGACAGGUCAACUAGUCGUACAUCUAGGUCUGUGGGCCGUGACAGGUACAUCUAG